CCUUGAAAGAUACGCAGCAGAAUCUUCUCAGAAAUGCCCAGAAACGCAUAAUUUUCUUUCCCUUUCCUGUAGAUUUUCUCUGUCAAUGAUUAAAAUUUGCAAUCUUUUAUACUGGGAAUUGAAUUGAUUGAUAAAGUCGGUGAUGGGUCGAUUCUCUUGCUGGGUUUUACGGGACAAGGUUUUUUUUUCUUUCAUAAAUUUGUUUUGUUUUUUUGUCUAAUUUCGUGUUCAAGCGUUAUAGUUUUGGUUCUGCAAGUAAAGUUGGAUCCUUUCAAAAUCCGUAGUUUCUGGGUUUCUCUCUCGCCUUGCGCAAAACGUGAGACUGUUGUUUUCCCCCAAAUCAGAUAGUCUUGCCCUGAGUUUUCUCGCUGCUGUUGCAGUGAAUUUGAAGCUUAUCCAGAAGAAUAGAUUGAACCGUUGCUGUGUUUUUCAGGGGGCAUUAACAUCUCUGGGCUCAUCUAUAUCUGGCUCGAUCACUGUGUGACUGCACCUGUUGGUAUGCCCGGAGAUAUGCUGAUCGAUGGCAGUGAGAUUGUGUUCUCUCGGUCGUUGACAGAAAAAAGGUCAACCCCCACGUAUAAUCUAAAGUUGGAUAGAUUAUCGGAGCGUGAAAAGCGUAAACUUAUAGUGGAACUAGUCAGAAUACAAAAUGAUGGGACAGUGGAAGUUGAUAUAGAUAGAAGCAACCCGGUAUCGGAGUUAUUUGAGCUCCAGCCAGUCACAGGGCGGUCCACGAUCACAUAUGACAAAUCCUUCGCUGAGUCCAUCAAAUCGAUUCCAAGGUUAAAAAUUGCUAUUCUCGUGGUAGGAACUCGAGGAGAUGUACAACCUUUCUUGGCCAUGGCCAAGCGACUUCAGGAAUUUGGGCAUCGUGUUCGAUUGGCAACCCAUGUGAAUUUCAGCUCGUUUGUACGUUCUGCUGGAGUAGAGUUCUAUCCCUUGGGUGGUGACCCUCGGGUUUUGGCUGGAUAUAUGGCUAGAAAUAAGGGUCUGAUUCCAUCAGGACCUGGAGAAAUAUCGAAACAGAGAAAGCAAUUGAAGGCAAUUAUAGAAUCUCUUCUUCCUGCAUGCACAGAGCCGGAUAUGGAGACUGGUGCUGCUUUUAGAGCUCAGGCAAUUAUUGCAAAUCCUCCUGCUUACGGACAUGUCCACGUUGCUGAAGCUCUUGGAAUACCAAUUCACAUGUUUUUCACGAUGCCUUGGACGCCGACCCAGGAAUUUUCCCACCCUUUAGCUCGUGUACCUCAAAGAGCUGGGAAUUGGCUAUCGUAUAUUGUCGUUGAUCUGCUGAUUUGGUGGAGCAUAAGAGCAUAUAUCAAUGAUUUUAGGAAGAGGAAGCUAGACCUUGCACCUAUAGCUUAUUUCAGUACUUACCAUGGUUCAAUUGCUCACUUGCCAACUGGUUACAUGUGGAGUUCCCAUAUUGUUCCAAAACCGAGUGAUUGGGGCCCUUUAGUUGAUGUUCUCGGUUAUUGUUUCUUAAACCUUGGAUCGAAGUACCAACCUCAGGAAGAUUUUGUUCGCUGGAUAAAAAGAGGAUCGCCUCCCAUAUAUAUUGGUUUCGGAAGCAUGCCUCUCGAUGAUCCGAAGAAAACAAUGGACAUCAUAUUGGAAACAUUAAGAGAUACAGGGCAAAGAGGGAUAGUUGAUCGAGGUUGGGGAGGGCUUGGAAACCUUUCUGAAGUUCCCGAAAACGUAUUCCUUUUGGAGGACUGCCCUCAUGAUUGGUUGUUUCCUCAGUGUUCUGCUGCGGUUCAUCAUGGCGGUGCUGGAACCACCGCAACUGGUCUAAGAGCUGGGUGUCCAACGACUAUCGUGCCGUUCUUUGGGGACCAAUUCUUCUGGGGUGAUCGGAUUCAUCAGAAAGGGCUCGGACCUUCACCAAUACCGAUCUCUCAGCUCAAUGUGGAGAACCUCUCAAAUGCCAUAACAUUCAUGCUUCAACCAGAGGUGAAAUCGCGGGUAAUGGAGCUAGCGAAGCUACUAGAGAACGAGGACGGCGUGGCUGCAGCAGUGGAUGCAUUCCACAGGCAUCUGCCACCUGAGCUCCCGAUACGCCAUUCUUCCUCCCCCGAGGAGGAGGAGGAAGACGAUCAUCCCAACCCGAUACAGUGGUUUUUCAUUCAGAUUGGGAAAAGAUGCUGCCUUCCUUGUGGUGGUGUAUGAACAUUUCUUACAGGAUUCACUUGCAUAUGUUCUCUCAACAAUUCAUUGAUUUCAUUCAUGGUCUCAUGGUCAGGGACUUGAUGUUAUGUAUAUUGUGGUAUAUAUAGGCUUGUUUUUUGUGGGGUUGGAUGUGUUAGGAAUAAACUUAUUGGGGUUGAUUUUGUAUUUCUGUUAAGUUGGUGGUUCAAUAGGAUUGAAAUAGUUAAUAGCUUACCCUUAUGUCCCCUUUUGGGUCCACAAUGUGUGUUGACAUAAAAGUUUGGGGUUGUUCUUGUAACUUUUGUAAGUUGGUGGGCUAAAAUAAGGAUAAGUUGUGUUGUUAUUUUUU